AUGGAUAUCUACUUCACUCACACUUCUAUUACAGAUAUUUCUCUGUACAACUGCAGCAUUCUAACCGAAAAAGAUAUCGAGGCUUCUCAUGCUAUUCGUAGACCUCUACGAGGGUUCACGGCUUUACUCUUUGGGGUUGUCAUUGUUGUGAUAUAUGCCUUAUGUCUUCAAGUCAUGCUAAACCCUAAGAUUUUUUGCAAAGCCUGUUAUAAAAUUAUGUUUUUCAUCGGACUAUAUGAAAUCACCACAGUGAUCAUUCAUGACAUAGUAAAUGCUUACACAACAACUUUUGGAGUAGAUUUCUGUGACAUGCCCAAUAUAAAUUUUUUCUUAGGGUGUGUUUAUGCAAUGUGUUGGGCAGGUGCUUCCUAUCUCUGUCUGUAUUUGGCUUUCAAUCGGAUGCUAGAAAUUCUUAAAUUCAGACGCUCGACAAUCGAGUGGUUUUUUUCUCCUCACCGCACUUACUUCGGCUGUUUAAUUUCGUUCCUGUAUUCGCUAUCUUUCUUCUUCUGUAAUUCACCGGUAGUCUAUUCUAAUUUGGGAGGAACUAUGCUUCCUGAUCCUUUAUUCAUAAGAAGUAAAGUAGAUUACGAGUUUCGAAGCACUCUUUUGAUUGUCAAUAAUUUUGGAGUUGUUGUAUUUACAUUCCUCCUUUAUGGAUAUUUCUGUGUAAUCUCAUAUAAAAAUAUUCGCCUACUGCCUGAAAUAACUGCUCAUCAUAUCCGUCUGCAACAUCAGGUUUUCAUACAAGCCUCUCUGAUGUGUGGUUUUAAUUUCUUUUUCUCUAUCACUUAUGCGAUUUACGUUGUUUUCCCGAAAUUCACUUCUCUGCCGGAAAUCGUUUUCGUGGGAUAUCAAUACUCCAUAGGUCUACAAGCGUUAAUUUACUUGUUUUUCAAUCAGACCAUUCGCAGUGGAGUGAAAGAGAAUAUAUGUGGUGCUUUGGGAAUCAAAAUAUCCUCUGAAUCUAUCGUAGAUAUGAGAACAGAUAAAAUGAAAGCAUCAUCGUCGCACGAGACUGCAAUUAGUGGAAUUCACAGCUCUACUGCGAGCCAACAGCAAUAG